AUGCUUUCUGGUGCAAUCCAAGAACAAAUACUUGAACGAUACGCUGAUGUCAGGAAUUCACAAGCAAGUUUACGUGAACGUAUACAAGAUUUUGAAGAGAAACCGUUGGUUUCACUUGAAGCAGCGAUUGUACCUCUCAUCAAUGUUAUACAAGAUAUUGAAGACAUGGUUGCAAUAGUCAGAGCCGAUUGUCAGACUUCCAUAGGUAGCCUAUCUUCUGAUGAAGCUGCUUCAAUAAAACUUUAUACUCUGGAGUGGCCGAUUCAACCAUCGUUUUACAAUAGUUUGAACGAAAUCCUUCGAUCAGGAACUAGAGAAGCGAUAGAACCUUGGUUUCUUUAUCUUAGACUUUUCACUGUUGCUCUCUCAAAGCUUCCGUCGAAUGUGGGUCAAACUGUUUAUCGUGGAGUCAAACUGGAUAUAAGUGGAGAAUAUAUGGAAGAUAAAACUGAUGUAUGCUGGCCAUUUUCGUCGUGUUCAUUAUCUCUUAAUGUUAUUGAAAAAUUUCUUGGUCAAUCAGGUCCUCGAACUCUAUUCAUUAUUGAAUGUGAUAGCGGGAAACGUAUUAAACAAUAUUCGAUGUAUACUGCAGAAGACGAAGUUUUGCUUACUGUUGGUACAUAUUUCAAAGUUGUUUCGAAUUCUGAUCAAAAAAAUGGACUCCAUAUUAUAAAACUUAAGGAGAUCCAACCACCAGCAUCAUUAUCGUUUCAACAACAAAUAUUGAUGAAUCUAUUGGGGAAAUGCUUGAUGUGUUCCCAAGUAGACUUAAGUGAGCAUCAAUUGCAGGAUGAAGACAUCGAGUUCGUCGUCAACGAAGCCAUUACCCAUAAACGAUGUACAGAGCUUCAUUUACAACGUAAUAUAAUCAAACCAAAGGGUGUGUCGACCAUAGCAUUAGCAUUGAAAAGCAAUACUACAUUACAGAAACUUUGGUUAGAUAAUAAUUGUGUGUCUGACAUAGGCGUUGGUGCUUUGGGAAAGAUUCUUUCUUGCAACCACUCGAGUCUUACAAUGCUCGGCUUGAAUGCGAACGCGAUUACUGAUGAAGGUGCAAAAUGUCUUGCUAAUAUGCUCAAAACCAAUACAAAACUGAUUUUUCUCAGAUUAUCAAACAAUGCAAUUAGUGAUCAAGGAGUUCAACUCUUGGCCGAUGCACUCUCACAUCAUAAUAAAACUCUCGAAUCGAUUGAUAUUUCGUCGAACAAAUUUGUGACGGAUCGAAGUAUCAAUUGUAUAGCUCGGAUGCUUAAGACGAAUGAAUCAUUGUCAUCACUCAAUAUAUCUCAUUGUAGUUUAUCCGAAAAUGCGAAACAAAACUUUCGAGUUUUGACGCAGUCAAAUGGUGGUUUUGUACUGUUCAUAUAA